UUUUAGGUUUUUAUUUCUUAAUUCUGGAAAGAAGUCUGUGUAGAACUCGAUGAUUUUUCUGGGGUGUUAAACAUGCAUUGGAGUUCAGGCUUGGAGGCUUUGGUUCAAGACAGGACAACUCCGAGCAACGCAAGGGAUGGCAGUGAGGCGACCGCUCACCUGGAGUAUUUCAUCCCACGGGGCUGACGGGGAAACGGGGGCGACUCUCACCGGAGACUCGGGGCUCCGGGACUUCCGACACUCCGCUGUGUGUGUGAAGCUUCCCCCAGGGCCGGCCUGAAAACAAAGCAGCACCCCCUCCGCCCUGCCCCUGACGAAUCUGGUCGCAGUAAACAUGUCGUGAAGUCGGAGGGCUCACCAUCCCGAGGAGAAUCGCUUCCUAUCCACAGCUACCGGCGAUGUGGAGGGAAACGUAACUUCUGAGAGGAGGCGGACUAACCUCAGCUCGGUCAACAGGACAUCAAACACCCGGGGUCUUGCAGGGCACGUUGAUGCAGUUUGUCAAAGCUAAGAGGUCAGUGAGGGAGCAGAGUGAUGGUCAUCCUCCUUUACACCAUGGUCAUUUUGUAUCUUGGCAACAUCCAGGCUGCUCCCCUACAAUCAAACAGCGGCUCCCAAGACCGUGGCUCUGACUGGGUCAGACAGGGGCUGCCGGCCCUGUUGACGGACGGCGAGCUGGACGGAGAGAUGACCGGGGAGAGCCCAGCAGAUGAGGCGAUGCUGGACGUGCAAGGGCUUGACUCCGAGGUCUCGGGCCGGGAGUGGGACCUCUACUCCCCGAGGGUUAUCCUGGCCAGCCGACCCCCCGGCGACCCGCCCUUGCUUUUCAUCAUGGAGGAAUCGCUGAGCCAGACGGAGAUGGCCAACAGGACUUCACGGGCGAAGAGGCAGUCCCCGAAUGUGGGCGUGGACCCUUCCCGCCGGGGUGACCUCUCCGUCUGUGACAGCAGCAGCGAGUGGGUGACCAGCCGGAGGGUGGCGGUGGACGUCCUGGGCAAGACGGUCACCAUCCUGACCGAGGUGCCCACCUCCACCGGCCCCCUGAAGCAGUACUUCUAUGAGACCAAGUGUAACACUCGCUCCUCCACCGCGCAGGGUGGGUGCAGGGGCGUCGACAAGAGGCACUGGAUAUCCGAAUGCAAGACCAAACAGUCAUAUGUGCGAGCCCUGACCAUGGACGCCCAGAAGCGGAUGGGGUGGCGGUGGAUACGGAUAGACACUUCCUGUGUUUGCACACUGAUCAACCGGACAGGGAGACUGUGACCUCUCUCCUUCCCUGGGUCCAAAUCCAAAACCACCCCCUCCUUUCUAUUUGAUGUUAUCUAUAUUGUUGUAAAUAUAUAAAAUAUAUAAAUUAUUUCACUAAGUUUUAUGGAUUGCAUGUAAAAAGUUAUGUUUAUACUUUGAACUGUUGUAUUUAUUCCUGAAUUUACAUAUUGGUACUGUUUGUAUUAACUUAUUGUAUUUUGAAAUAUACUAUUCUUUACUUGACACUGUGUCUUGCUACAGAUGAGGGGAGUCUCCCUAUUGGUCAGUGUCAUUCUCGGCCAGAGGUUAAUGGGAGUAAAGAACUGAUUUUACUUUGCAGGGCUCAGUCACUUUGGGUUGGGGAAGGGUGGAGACUGCCGCCUUAACUUUACUCAGGAACUUUGGUGCACCACCACAGGCUGGGAUGUAUAACUGCAGCGUGACUGUUUACAUUGAAAAUGUGACUGUAACAUGACUGGUUUCAUUGCAGAAGAGAAGCGUUGGCACAGGUCAGAUCUUUGUGUAUGACAGAGGGCCAGAUGGAUUUAUUUUACAGGCAGGGGAAGGGGUUCUCUGCUCUAAUCAGUAAUCCAGCACCCUUGGGGCCUGCCAGAUCCAUAGGUUUUCUGGACUGUUGGAUGUCAGACCCACUUAUAGCCAAACACAUUGCGACAUUACACUUGUUACUUGCUGGUGUGAAAGAUUUCCAAGCGAAACAGGUGAGUUUACCAGGAGCAGGAAAUAUGCAAGACUCCAGUCUCAACCUUCCCGAGUUCCUGGAGUACUGUGUGCAGUUCUGGUCUCUAUACUGAAGGGUAUACUGGUUUGGAGGCAGUGCAGAGGAGGUUCACCAGGUUGAUUCCAGGGAUGAAGGGGUUAACCUGUGAGGAGAGAUUGAGUUGCCUGGGACGAUACUCUCUGGAGCUCAGAAGAAUGAGAGGGGAUCUUAUAGAAACAUACAAAAGUUUGAAAGGGGUAGAUAAGAUAGAAGUAGGAAAGUUGCUUUCAUUGGUAGGUGAGACUAGAACUAGGGGACAUUGCCUCAAGAUUCAGGGGAGAAGAUUUAGGAUCGAGAUGAGGAGAAACUGCUUUUCCCAGAGAGUGGUGAAUCUGCCCAGGGAAGCAGUUGAGGCUUCUUCACUAAAUAUAUUUAAGAAACAGUUAGAUAGGUUUUUACACAGCAGGGGAAUUAAGGGUUAUGGGGGAAAGGCAGGUAGAUGGAGUUGAGUUUAUGGACAGAUCAGCCAUGAUCUUAUUGAAUGGCAGGGCAGGCUUGAUGGGCCAGACGCCCUACUCCUGCCCCUGUUUCUCAUGUUCCUGAC